GGAAAUUUCAGCUUGAGACAAUAGUGUGACCAUAUGGUCUCCCUGGCUUGUAAAUCAUCAUGUGGUCCAGUGCCAGCUUCCAUGAAAACUACUCCACCUUCCUAAAUUCUCUCUCUCUCAGAUCUUCUUUACGAAAACAUUCAAGUGCACAUGGUCUUAAACUAAUACCGGUACUGACUUCAGAUACCUGUUCACUUCACUGCAAUCAAAAGCGGGCUGAUGCGAAAGAGACUCAGAGAGCGGAGGAGACAGAACAAGGCAACGAAGGAGAACGCUAACAAGGGAAUAACAACAGAAGGAAGGAGUGACAGAGGCCCUGCCCCACUGUGUGGCUCAACCAUGAAGUUGAACAUCAUUUGUAGCUUGUUUCUGCUCCUGGGUGUUCAAACAGUAAAGGGAGGCAGAGCCCAGCGCAAACAGAGACAAGCUGAAGAGAGCCUGAGACCAUACAUUGGCAGAGUUAAACCAGAAAAGCUUUGUGAGCUGCUGAAAUGCCGUACUCCAGUGGGGUCUUGGUGCCAGGUAGUUCAAGAAAACGGAAUUCUCAUCCCCAAGUGUGUUUGUCCUCAGUCCUGUCCUCGGCAGAGGGCACCAGUGUGCAGUGUUGUGGGAAAGACCUAUGAGAAUGAGUGUUGGCUUCAUAAAGAUGCCUGCAGAAAGAGGCGCCGCACCGGACUCGCGCACACAGGACCCUGUCUGGUCCCCAAGGGUAAAUGCACCGAGGAGGAGUUAGGCCAGUUUCCAUAUCGUCUCCUGGACUGGUUUUUGCUCUUGAGUCGUAUGGGGGAAUCCUACGCACCUGCUGCCCCGCCCCAGAGCUGCCUGAGCCACACCCAGAGGACACAGCUGGCACAAAAAAGAUUUACCCUGUUGGACAGGAAUAAAGAUGGCAAGUUGAGCCGCAGGGACCUGAAGAAGCUGCAUUAUAAGAGGAUGCCUUUGGAGCACUGUGCUACACCAUUUUUUCAGUCAUGUGAUCGUAACAGGAACAGGAAGGUGACCCUCAAUGAGUGGACAGCAUGUUUGGUGGAUCGUUCUGAGGCCUGGUUCUAUCAAUUAAUGUCAAUGAGAAUGGGUUCUCUGAAGUUGUGUCCUACAAUCAAAAGGAACUACCUCUGACACGUCUAAUUCUUUGUGCUGUUAGGAACUUGCAGGUCAUAUCAUGACAGUUACUUGAUUUUAAAGCUGAUAUUAAAGGAUGACAUAGCUACACACGCUGACUUAGUCAUUGAUUUUACCUCUUCUGACAUGUGAUUUAUGGUGUCGUGAAAUCUGAUGGUCUGCUGGGUGGCUGUGGGUUUUUAUGUGUGCU